CUAUUAUUAUAAAUUUAUAUGCAACGGACAAAAUAAUUUUCAACAAUUUUCGAUUGAUUUCGUGAGGUAGAAAAAAAAAGGAUAUAACUUUUGUAGAAGGUAUACUUGUUCUACAGACAAUGAAAAAAAAAUUGGACGACGUUCUAGUCAUGCAGAGAACUCCAAUUGAAACUCAUCGAAAAACUGUAGAUAUUACGAUACUUUUAUUCAAAUUUUGUGGAUGUUGGGAUUACGAUUCGUCGAAAUUUUCAUUGAAGUUAGUCAAUUUUUUGAGUCGAACAAUCAAUUGGGCGUGUUGUCUAUGCAUACUUAUACCAUUAGCUGUUGAUAUAAUUAAAAAUAUAAAAAGUCUUGAAAUUAUCACCAAUGAUGUGGGAUAUCUUGCGCCAUUAUAUUCAACAUUUUUGAAAAGCAUUAAAGUACAAACAUUACAAAAAGAAAUUGGACAACUUAUAAAUUCAAUCCAUCAGCCUAUCGACAAAUUACGGUACUCAUCUGACGUGGGAGUAUUGACAAAAAUACGCACUGCCAUUUGUUACCAAAAUUUUGAUUACUCGGUAUAUGCAAGUGUCUUAAGUUUUGUAUUUUUUGCCGUAAUUAUAAUAUCAGCAAGUGUAUCAAACACAGGUCUACCAAUGCGAGGAUAUUUUCCAUUCAACGAAACGAUCUCACCAGCAUUUCAAAUAGUAUUUCUGCUGCAAUUUUGGUCUGUCCUUAUAAAUUGUGCAUGGGCUUUACUGGUCGACUUGUUACUCAUCGGACUUAUUAGAUGGAUAAAUGUGCAGCUAUACGUUUUACAAAAUAAUUAUGAAAAUUGUCGUCCUGAUAUUUCAGAUCGUGAUAAUUUUUUAAUUUCUCACGAUAAUUACACGCUAAUAAAAAAUUACAAUUUUUUUAAAGUACCAGAGGAACAGUUCAGGAUACGGUCAUUUGUGGCAUUUCAGAUGGAUGAAAUAAAUGUUAAAAAUGAUUCAUUCACACUACGAUUUAAAACAUGUAUCAAACAUCACCAACGAAUCAUCGACAGUGUUAAUAACUACAAUGAUUUGUUCAAUUCUAUGUUGUUCGUGCAAAUAUUUAAUAAUCAAUUCGUAGCCUGUCUUUGUCUAUUCCAAGGUGUUUUGGCAAUGAAGCAAAAUAAAGAUUUCAUAAAUUAUUUCAUUCUGUCUGGAUCAAGUGUAACAGAAUUGUUUUACUUCUGUUUUUUUGGCAGCCAAUUAAUUAUUGAAGCAGAAAAAGUACAUGAAAGUCAAUGGAAGUCUGGUUGGGACGAUAACAUUUGCCCCGAAGUACGUGAUCUGAUGUUGAAUGCUCUACUACAAUCUAUGAAACCACUCAAGAUAAUAGCGGGAUAUUUUUUCGUAUUCUCUGUGGAAACAUUCGUAUCGGUUCUGCAAAAGGCUUAUUCAUAUUUUGCGAUUCUCAAUACAGUUAUAGAUGAAAAUGAUUAAACAAAAUAUAUCGAUAUUUAUUCAACAUGGUGUGAUUAUAGCAAUGACAUUAUCAAGCUUCAUAUGAUAAACUAUUUUUAUAUAAAUGUUAAUUCUUUAUAGUAUAUUAGUAUUUAAAUAAAGUUAAACUUGAAGGAAAUAUUCAU